GCGGGCCUGGCGGCUGUGGAAGCGGCGGAGGGCGCCGCCGUUCUCCUCUUGGCGCCGCGGCAGGCGCUGACAUUCACCGGUAAGUGCCGCCUGCGCUGCCUCUACGGCGCCGUCCGCCUGCUGGGCUUCGCCGUCGCCUCGCACCAACCGGGGCUGCCGGUUUUCUCGCCUUCCACCCACUGCGCUCUCACCCUGGAGGCGCUGCCCGCUGACCGACCUCCCGCCGCCGACCUCCGCCAGCUCCGCGCCGCCGCCCGCGCCGCUAUGCGGGCCCACCGCGUCCGCCGCCAGGCGCGGGUGAAGGUGAUGGCCCAGUUCUCCCCGGAGUGCGCCCUGGUGCUGCUGGAGCACCUGGACACGCCGGUGACACGGUUCCUGCUGAGCCACCCACCGCUGUCACGGCUCUUCGAGCCCCAGAAAAAGGAAGAAUCCAACUUCACGCCAGAAGAUGCCGUUCUGGCCUCUGUGGGCAUCGUGCAGUGCAGCCCCGACCGCGGGCUGCUGGUGUCGGAGAGCAUGUGCCUGGCCCUAGAGGAGCUGAUCCAAGCCUGCUGUGCGGAAGAUGAAGGUGUUCCCCUGAUUCUGGUGUGUGGCCCAAAAAACACUGGGAAAUCGACAUUUAACAGAUACUUGGUGAAUCUGUUACUGAAUCGCCUUCCCUCGGUUGAAUACAUGGAAUGUGACAUAGGUCAGACUGAGUUUACGCCGCCUGGAUGCGUGUCCUUAAGUAACAUAACAGAGCCCAUUCUCGGCCCACCCUUCACCCAUCAACAGACGCCGCGUAAGAUGGUGUAUUAUGGACAGACCAGCUGUGAGCAGGACACAGAGAGAUACCUCGAUGUCGUGAAGUACGUGUUCAGCUCCUACAAGAAGGAAGUGCCUUUAGUCGUCAACACCAUGGGCUGGGUGAAAGGCGAGGGGCUGCUGCUGCUGAUCGAUAUCAUCCGGCUCUUGUCACCCAGCCACAUCGUGCAGAUGGACGUGUACGACUGGAAGGCCAUGGACCCUCUCACCCCCGAGCACGUCCACCUCACCCCGGGGCUUUACACCAAGGGCCGCCAACCGGCCCGUCGCCAGCCGCUGGGGACCAGCAGCACGGAGAGCUGGAAGCCCUCUGAAGGGGGGGCAGAUGCCUCAGCUCCCGAGUACAAGCUUCUGUACGUCCAUCCGGAGUUCCCUCGCGCAGGGGCGGCGGGCGAAGCGCGGGUGCACAGCGGGGUCCUGAGGGACAUGUCCAUCCUGGGGUACCUGGGGCAGCUGCAGUCCCCAGACAUUGGGGCAGUGCUUCCACUCCACAGUCUCGUGCCGUACCAGGUGCCUUUCAGUGCAGUGGCACUGAGGGUGAUUCACACCGACGUGGCUCCCACCAACAUCAUGUACGCGGUGAACGCCAGCUGGGUCGGGCUGUGCCGCAUUCCUGAGGAGAUCAGGUGCCAGUCAGAUGGGCCUGUCCUGCUGACACAGACACCGGUCUGCGACUGCCUCGGCUUCGGAAUCGUCCGGGGGGUUGACAUGCAGAAGAAGCUUUACCACAUUCUGACACCGGUGCCCCCGGAGAAGUUGAGGCUGGUGAAUUGUCUUCUCCUGGGCAACAUCUCUGUCCCCAACUGCGUCCUGGUGGGGCAGCAAGGAGUUGAGGGAGAGAUCCCUUAUGUCACAUCCGAUUACAACUACAGCAUCCUGGGCUCUGGGAAGCUGAAGAAGAAGAAGCAUUUCAAGAGGAGGGAGUACGCCUUCGAGUGCGAUUACACCUGAGGCCUCGGGGACGGUGACAACCCCCGGUGCUACCGAGACCCGGGUGGGCAUCGGGUGUGGAUAGUGCAGCAUGUCCCCUUUUUGAUACUGUUUUAUAUUUUCAGUAUGUAUUUUGGUGUUUUGUAAUAAAUAUCUAUUAAAAAUGGUG